AUGCAACAACAAUAUGCCACAGUCUCACAUAUAAAUUAUUUAAAUUCAAACACUGAAGCGUCAGAAACCAUAUUUCAACCAUACAAUUUAGAAAACAAUGUAACACCUGGACAACUACCAAUGAAUGAAGUACCCAGAACUUGUGAAGCACAAAAUACAACUACUGCAGCUUUAUAUUUAUCUCAGUUUGGGCAAGAUGAUUCUAUGAAGUAA